AUGGCGUCCCAGGUGAUUCUGGAAAGAUCCGCUGUGAAAUGUGACCGACUCGACCCUUGCAUGAACUGCGUGGAUGCGGAAGCAGAAUGUCGAAGGGCUCGGCCACGGCGUAGUAUGCGCCCUAGAGUCUCGCGAAUCUCGGGACUGUCAAAGAGGCUCUCAACACUGGAGCAAUACAUAAGCAAUCCCCAUGUUCCUGCGGCAUCCGCGAGACAGGAGCCGAGUCGCGACUUCCAAGCGUCUGAAAACAACAGAAACAUGAUACUAGACAUUCCCCCGAGCUCCCAGGCUUCCAACAUGAGCACGCCAAAAAUCAAGACCGCAGUCGAUGAUGUGGCUUCUCGACGACCCAUAGAAACACCCGCUGCAGUCGAGGACAUAGCAACGCAACAAGCCUGUGAGGCACGACGCUCCAUUCAGCAGGAACUGCGACAAAGCAACCACUUAUCCUGCAACCGACGCACCAUCCUGGAAAGUGCUCUAUCCCUUGUAAACAAGAUAUCUGCGCCAUCGUUAGAGAAAGGACUGUUCCAUGAGAAUACCAAAGAGUCGGAGGAUUCCAGUCAUUCAGGCCUGGAGGAGUUCACCCUGGAGACGUACUUCAUGAUGUCAGAGGACAUAGCACACCGAGAUUCGCCCGGGAAGCACUUGCAUUGGCCCGACCAUGUCUCGGUCAGAAGCCUGGAACAUAUGAGCCUGUCUCUGGCUGAAGGCAGAGUCGACCGUCAGACAUCUCUGCAUUAUCGCGUCUGCGUCUAUACCAAAGCCAUUUUUUUCCUCGCCCGUCUGCGGGAACGACAGAUGAAUGGGCGGCUUCGCAACCAUGUUAGAAUGACUCGUCAUAAAUAUACUCUAGCAGCUUUCAAGGCUCUAGACCAGGUUGAUCUGAGUGGGACGCACUCUCUAUCCUUAGUUCAGGCUCUACUAUCCGGUGCAUUGCUUCAUCAGAUGCAAGGGAACCCCACGAAGAGCUGGACGCUAACGGCAUUCGCUGCGCGGCUGCUUGUCGCCAUGAAUUACCACAACAUUACCAAUGAUACACCCGUUCGAAUACAGGAGGAAGAGGAUGCCCGCUUCUGUCUUUCCUCCUGCUACUUACUCGAUAAGUCACUAAGCAUGCUUCUCCUUCGACCGCCCUCACUUCCACGUCUGGGAGUAAGUUCUGUCGCACUCAUCCCUAUGGACGACGGCAUGUCGCUCAGCACGAUCACCAGAACUACGGUUGAACUAGCGGAAGUUCAAGAGGCUGCAUUGGAGCUAUUAUACAGAUGGGCGGGGCCUGGGGAUACAAGCAACCCUGCAACCGAGCUCGAUGGGAUGAUCCAGCAGUUGAUUUCGAUGAAGAUCGUGAUCGAGGAGCGCCGGGCAAGCUCCAGGCCGGAACUGCAGCUAGAUUGGAUGGCGGUAGAAUUCCGAUAUCACGCGAUGGUGACAACCAUACUACAGUGCAAAUCAAGGAUCUGGGGCACGGCUCAGAACCGGGAGGAAUGUCUUCAGCAUGCGCGACAUGCGCUCGAGGCUUUGAGCCGUCUGCAAACAGUUUUCAAUGAGGACAGUGCCUUUGUUGGUGCUUACCCGAUGUUCUUGACCUGGACUGUUUUCUCUUACCCCAUGACUCCUUUCUAUAUCUUGUUCUGCAAUGUGGUUGGGACGUCGAAAGUGGAAGACUUCCAGCUGAUGCGCGACACCACCAAGGGUCUUUAUCGGUUCAUCGAUCUAAACCCUGCAAUCGGCAGGUUAUACCACUUAUUCACUCAAUUUCUCGUCCUUUGCAGUCCGCUUGUUGAGAGGGAAGCAGAGAGUACCAGUCCCUGCUCUGUCCAGCAAAACAUGAACCUCGACACUGAAGAGCCCAGCGUCCCAGUAGAUGCUGGUAUCCCCGUACUUAGCAAGGACAAUCAACUCUACAAUGGCUCGGCCCAGGAAGGAACUGGGGGUACCAGAUCGUUGGAUACGACAAUACGACCAGAGAUGGAUUCGUGGUGGAACAAUGCUCAGAUGUGGGAACUGUUUGGCACUCAGCCUUCGCUCGAAUGGGUGGAUUCUGAGAUCACCGAUUUUGUGGCAGAUGGCUAUCCGUGA